UAGAGAUUUUCUUACUGCUUCUAUAUAGAAAUGACGUGAAUUCCACGGCGAACCGUACGCGCAUAAUUUAUGCGCAUGUAACAAUUCUUUGUGUUACCCGUUGCUAAGUGUGUUGCUAAUGCUGAGGGUAAUAAAACGGAUUAUCUUAAGUGAGAUCUCGCGAGAAGUGACGAGAUCAGUAGAACUUGUCACAUUCGUGGUUUGGCUGCAGAAGUGAGUGGUCGUUACCGCGGAUUUUCUGUUUUUGUCCAAGGUUAGGAGCAUUUGGCCCAGGUAGAAGGUGAGUUUUAAUUUAUUCAUGAUGGCAAUGGAAUAGGUAAAGCCUAUAGGAUUGCACAUUUUAUGUACGUUUUACGGCAGUGGUCAUGAUAAGUAAAAAGUUAAAUUUGUGGCAAUGGAAUAGAUUCGGUCUAUAGGAUUGCACGCUUUCAGAAUUUAACGGUAGUGGCCGAGGGAAAAUCUAAGUGAUGGGAAUUGUGGCAAUGGAAUAGGUUUAGCCUAUAGGAUUGCAUGAGUUGUUUUAAUGUAAGUAACCUCGGGAAAAUGGAGUUGUGCAUGAGGCAUGCAUGGGUAACGCUAUUAUUAUUGAUAGCUAUAGUGAAUAUUGGUUAAGUGUUGGGGAGUAUUUAGUGAUUUUGUAUAUAAUGUUAAAAAGUAUUUAUAUGCGGGAUGAGUGGAGUACUUGGUCUGUUAAAUUUUGUAAUUUUGCCAGAGGCUUGAGUUCGAGCUGUCCGAGCGGGUUGCUCGUGCGUUGCGAGAGCUCAGAGCUGGGUUUAGAUUGUCGGGGUCUUGGCAUAGGGUGGCUUACAUAUUAGGUACACGAUAUAUUUAAGUGUUAAAUAGCUGAUAUUAAUACACUUUGUUGUAAUAUUAUGUUCUCUGUUGAUAAUUAAGAAUUCUGAUUUAUAUAUAUCUUUUUGAUUAUAGGAUGAGUGUGCUAAAACCAAAACAUUCAUUAGUGGGAAAGUCUUUGGUGCCUGUAAUAUUAAAAUUUAAAGCACAAGUAGAGAGGAUAGAGGAAUGUGACCUUAACAGACUAAAAAAAGGACAUGCAUUAACCAGAUAUAAUCUGGAUGAGUUAAGGGCAGAGUUUGAAGGACUCACGGGAGAAAGCUCGAGGGAUAUUUUGCUUUUAACUGGGAGAGAAGAGGAUUUUGAUAGUCUGGUUAUAUUGAUGCAUUUCGCCAUAGAGCAGGCAAACAUGGUGGGGGCACCAAAAGGUCAAGUUCUAGUGCAAACUUCCAGUGCUGAAGUAAACCAGGGGGCGGCUUCAUCUGUUCAAAACAGUGGAGCUGUGGCUUCAUCCUGUUCAGCUGCCACUGCUUCUACUACAUGUAGCUCAUCUGUGUCAACAGCUAGUGUCUCUCAGGCUUCAGGUGACAAGAAUAUGGAAACAAGAUUAAGAGACAUUGAGAGGAAGAUGGAAUCUAUGAAAGAGAAAUCGGGGGAGGAUCAGGUAGAGGAGUGUUUAAGACAAGUUAGGAUAUUGGCUGGUCGUCCUAACCUUACACAGGCGCAUGUCCUCCUGGCUGCUUUAGAAACACUUGUUGAUGUCGCAUUUAGAAAUUCUCACAAAGAUGCUGAUUUCUAUUCAAAAUCUUUCACACAUUGUAAAAAAUAUGAAAAUUCUAAAGAUUUAUGUGGGCUUACUAUGAAACUAUUUGGUUCAGCUGAGGAUAGAAAAAUUGCAAAUGUGGUAGCUGAUUGGCUUAAGGGGAAAAAGUAUGAAGGGUCUGGGGUAGUUGAGGAUAAAGAGAACGUGGGUCAAAAUAGUAACAAAAGUUUGGGAGAUUUGACGGGAAUGCAAGCUAAUCCUUAUCCUUAUGUACCAUUGUUGGGACAACCACAUUUCCCUUUUUCCCCUUAUCCUGUGCCAUAUUCUGGAUACCCUGCACAGAGUUUUGGGUUCCCUCGUCCUUCAGUUAGAGGUAUGGGUAUUCGCCCUCGUAGGGGAAGAUGUUUGUUUUGUAAAGACUUGGGACAUUUUGUAGCUGAUUGUCCAAAAAUGAAAAAAUAAGAAUAAUGUUUGGGUACAUGGCCUUCAACUCGGGGGUUUCUAAUGCCCUUUGUGAUUUUUCACAUGAGUUGAGGGUUGAGUAUCCUCCUCUGUAUUAACUUAUUUUGCAUCCUUUCUAGUUCUUUUAUUCAUUUUGAUUUCAGAAUGAGGUGUUGGUUAAGAAGAGAAAAUUUUGUCCUGUUAUACCUGAUUGGGAAUUUAACUCUGGUUUUGAUCCAGAAUGUAUUGUUCAGAGAGUAAAGGAUGAAAAAUGGGUUAAUUACAGGGGUGAGAAUGCUCAGCCCUCACCUUGUGUGACUGCUGAAGAUGUUGCUAAGAAAAAUGUUAAAUUUGAUUUGGAAAAUCUAAGAUUCAGGGAUCCUAAUAAUUUUAUACCUGGGAAUUUGCAUUCAUGUUUACAUGAGUGGGAAAAAAUAGAUGCCCCAGAUAAUGUUCUUGAAUGGCUAAAGGAGGGGGUUGAUGUUAAAAAGUUUUUUAAACCUUUUAAAGGAAACUUUAAGGGUAAGAGUUACAGUUCGGAUGUCCCACCCUCAGUUUAUUUUCCAAAUUCUACCUCUUGUGCACAAUUUAAAGAUUAUAUUGUUAAGACAUUGUAUGAAAGGUUGGAAAAUGGUUCUCUUACACUGAUUGGGAAGGUAGGUUUUUGCGAGCCACCUCACUUGGUUUUGCCUCUUACAGUGGAACCUACAAAAACCACGUUUGUGCCAUGAUGAAAGGUUUUUGAAUCUUUGGGUGAAGGAUUGCCCUUUUUCUUUAGAUACUUUAAAAGAUGUUCCACGCUUAGUUCAGAGAGGCAUGUUUAUGUCUAGUAUGGAUGACAAGUCGGGAUAUGAUCAUAUUUAUUUGAGUGAGCAGUCUAAAAAAUAUUUUGGAUUGCAGUUUGGAGGAUGGUUUAUGAUAUUUAAUACACUUCCUUUUGGAUUUAAAGCAAGUGCGUUUAUUUAUCAAAGUGUAGGUAUGGUGGCUACUAGUUGGUGUAGGUCUUUAGGUGUACCAUGUUUGCAAUACAUUGAUGAUAGAUGGAUUGGGGGAUUUUUGCAGUCUCUUUUCCAUGACCUUGAAGUUUCUCCAAAUGACAGUCACCUGGAUGACAGUCAGGUAGCAGAAAAGGCAUUAUAUAUUGUCUGUCAAGUGAUGAUAAGAGUUGGAUAAUUUCUCAAUAUUAAAAAGUCAGUCUUAGUUCCAGUGAAAUGUAUAAAGUUUUUAGGGAUGUUAGUUGACUCUGAGAGAUUAGCAUUUAUUAUUCCAGAUGAGAAAAUUCAGAAGUUUAUCGGCUUAAGAGAAAGUAUCUUAGGUUGUGAUAAGACAAGUGUUCUUACUUUACAAAAGUUUGCUGGCAAAUGUGUAUCUUUUAUGUUAGCGUUUCCUGGGGCUAAGUUGUAUACAAAGGAAGUAAACAGAGCAAUAGGUUUAGCAGCUAAAAGAAGUGGUUUUGUGGAUAUGACAGAUGAUUUGAGACAAGAAAUUUUGUAUUGGAGAUUUAUAGAUCAUUGGAGUGGUUGUUUUUCUUGGAGGAAUGAAAAGCAUUUACAAAUUACAGUAGCCUCAGAUGCAUCCAAGUUUAAGUGGGGGGCCCUAGUAGAUGUUAAGGGUCAACAGAUAGUGUGUGCAGAUUACUGGAGGAAUGAGGAUGAUAGGCCAAUUCAUGUUAAAGAGGCUCAAGCUUUGUUCAAUGCUCUAUGUUCAGUCAAAGAUGUGGUAAAAAACCACAGGGUAGACGCUUAUGUAGACAAUUUGGCUUGUGUCUAUGGUUGGGAGAGCAUGAGUGGGAAAGACCCUGCUUUGAACAGAAUUAUGAAGAGUUUGUGGAAUUUCAGUGUGGAUAAUAAUAUGGAUUUGCAUUUGUUGUAUGUGAAAUCUGAAGAUAACCCAGCAGAUUGUCAUUCUAGAAGAUUGUCAGCAUUGGAUUGUAUGUUAACUAGGGAGAAGUUUGAGACUAUUGAAAAGAGGUUUGGUCCACAUUCAGUUGAUCUAAUGUCCCUUGAUUCAAAUUGUAUGAUUAGCCAAGUAAAUGGGAAACCUUUAAGGCAUUUCACACCAUACCCGACCCCAUUGUCUGCUGGUGUGAAUGUAUUUUCUCAGGAUAUAACAUUGGAGAAGAAUCCAUAUGUAUUUCCUCCAUUUAGGCUUAUUCUUCCGCUUAUUGUCUAUCUUAAAAACCAGGGUGUUGAGGCUUGUACAAUGGUUAUUCCAAAAUUAUUGCCAAUCCCAGUUUGGUGGCCUUUGGUCAGUCAGUAUGCAAUGGAUAGGUUUGUACUUGGUAAGAAAGGGGAAAGGGGUGUGCUUUUAUUCCCUUCAAAAUCCGGGUUUUCUGAAGCAAAACAUGGGUUAUUGUAUGAUUUAAUUGUUGUCAGGUUAGUUCUUUCAAAGUAAAUAAAAAUUUCAUUGUAUUUUCAGGUAGUUCUGGUCAGUGAAGUUGAUUCUCAAUCCUUGUGUAGUGGUGUUGUGAAGAAGAAAUGUUUGAUGCAAUAUUCUGCAGAAAGGCGCAUUGCUUACCUGAACAAUUUACUAGAUUCUAAGGCAUAAUGUAAGAAAAAAUUAGCGUUAAAGUUGGAUUUUGAAAAUGUUAUAGGAAAAAAAAAUUUUCAAAGCCACUCCAGAAGAUUUAAGAUUAUUUCUUCUGGGAAAGGACAGAGUGGGUAAGACUCAAGUUCAUGAUUUAUCUUGUCCUUUUCUUGGUGUUGCAAGUGCUAGUUCAUGUUCUUGUCCAGUGCGUCUAGCAGCUGGAACAGUCUCUUCUUACAUUGCGCAAUUUAAAGCAAUGUUUAUUGAGAUAGGUAGAGUUGAACCUUGGGAUAAUGCAAGACAUUUGGAAAGAUGUAAUCCAGCAGAUAGUAUUCUCUUAAGGAGGUAUGUUGAUGCAGUAAAAUUAGAACAAGCAAUGUCGCAUGUGUCUUCGAAACAAGCCAAACCGAUUUUUCUGAACAAAUUGGAAAAGUUGAGUUUGUAUUUUAAUGAUCAAUUGUCAAAAAAGGAUCUUACUGUUGGAAAUAGAUAUGUUUAUUUGCGAGAUCAAGCUUUCUUUAAAGUUUUAUUUUAUUCUGGUGAUCGUGCUAAUGAUUUGGCAUUGUGUUUAUCUCAGGAGGUGAAGAAGUUGUCAGAUGAGAAGGGUUAUUUGUUGAGCCAUACUGUUGGGAAAACCCUAGGUAAUGGGCAUGUAAAUGAAUUUGUACUACCUAAGGUUCAAAAUCAAGUUAUUUGUCCAGUUGAAGGUUUGAAGAAAUAUGUAGAAGGCGCGAGGGACCUGGGUGUUGAUUUGAGGGUAGGUUAUUUGUUUCGGUCUUUGGACUCAUCAAGGACUUUAGUGUUAGACAAUCAUGUUACAACUUCAGCAAUGUCGGAUAGGUUAAAAAAAUAUCUUAUUACUUUGAAUAUUUAUGAAGGGGAAACAGCACACAGUUUUAGGGCAGGUUGUGGUAUUACCCUGAUGGCAAAUAAUACAACUUCUUCAGAAGAAAUCAUGGAGCAUGUGGGUUGGCGAAGUCGGCAAUCAUUCAACAGAUAUUCUAGGAUCAAUAGGAUAGUUGGUACAUCUGGGGUGGGUGAUUUGUUAGCAAAGGUGUCAGUUUUGAAAGAUAGGGACGCUAAUGUUAUUUUUGACAAAUUUGGGGAUUAUUCUAGACUUCCACAAGCAUUUGAGUCUAAUUAGAGGGUUGGGGGAGUCAUUUGAACUAGUUAUGGUUAUUGGGAUCCCUGUGUCUUAUAUUGUAUUAUGCAUUGUUUGUAUGGAUUAAUAUUUGUUAUUUCAAUAAAUGAUGUAUUAAUGUU